AUGUACUCCUAUGGUUGCCUGGACUAUAAUGGUCACCAUGACUCGUAUGGUUAUCCUGAGUUCAACGGUUACCCUAACAACUAUAAUCUGUCUCACUCCUACGGUCGCCUUUACUCCUAUGGUUGCCCGAACUCCAAUGGUCACCCUGAUUCUUAUGGUCACACUUACUCCUAUUGUCACCCGGAAUCCUAUCGUCACCCCGGCUUAAAACAUUUCCCUGACUCCAAUGGUCACCUGGACUCCUAUCGUGACUGUGGCUCAAGUGAUUACCCUGACUCAAAUGGUCCUCCAUACUCCUAUGCUCACACUGACCACUAUAAUAAAUAUGUCUCUAAUGGUGACCAUGACUCCUAUGGUCACUCUGAUUACUAUGGUCAUACUGACUACUUUGGUCACCUUGACUCCCAUGGUCACCCUGACUACUAUGCUCACACUGACUUCUAUGGUCACCUUGACUCGUAUGGUCACCCUGACUACUAUGCUCACCCUGACUAUUAUGAACUCUACGGCCAACCUGACUACUAUGGUCACCCUGACUACUAUGAUCACACGUACUACUAUGGUCGCCCAGAACUCUACGGCCAACCUGACAACUAUGGUCAACCUGACUACUAUGAACACUUUGACUAA